ACAAGUUCUAAUCAUUUGUUUUAGUUUAUUAAGCAUGUCGAGUUUGUUGCAGUCACGGUUUGAUUUAUCAAUGGCAACAUAUCAUUGGGUUUGGAUUCAAUUUCUUCUUCUUUUUCGGCUUUGGUAGCUGAAAUCGCUGUUCUUCCCCAUGAUUGCCCUAAAUUUAGCUCGGUUUCUUAUGGUGUACUUUCCCUUUAUGUUCUUGUUGUUCUUCCCGAAUAUUGAAUAUUGUAACCAGACUUUACAAACCAAACACAACAUUCUCUUUGGGAAUCAAAAUGUGGCAAUGAAUGUUUGGAUUCUCUUGCAAUCAUUAUUGUCCUCAAAAGGGGACCAAUUGGUUUCGAGUCGCUCUCCUUUUUUGGGUGUUGUCCCGAAGACCUCGGCCUCUGUCCAUGUCUUUUGCCGACAAUCUCUUUUGGACCAUUGUCUGAUGAAUUUUAAAAUUCUCAUUCAAAUUUGAAUGAAAAUGACACAACUUUCUCUGACAGUUAAACGGGAGAAGUUUCAAACUCACCUCCACUCGCAUUGCUCGUGGAUCAAAAACUCUGAUCAUUCUUUACCAUUCCAACUGUUUGAUAUUUUGCCGCACCAAUUCUUCACCACCAAUUCAAUGACAAAUCCCAUUAUUCCAUUAUUCAAAUUCAAGGACCAGAACUUGUCUACGUAUGAGAAUUGGGAAUCAUUGAAAACAAAUCUUUUUUCUUUUCUUUUUUGGUUAAUGCUUUGAAUGAGUGUUGGAAUGUGACGUCUUUUUGUACAUCUGUCGUUGUGUCGUGGAGUUCUAACGAGUUUGAAUCGACCCGUUCAUGUCUCGCAUUUACGGUUCAAACUUGUGAUGAAUAAAGUGAAUAUCUUUUUGGAAAGAGAAUCUGUCUUCUUCAUGAAGUAUAUAGAGAGGGGGAAUGAUUAAAAGAGAUGUGGGGUUGAAUGUACUGAUGCAAACACUACAUUAUAUUUGCCUGUAGGGACUCCAAUUUCUGUUCCUUUCCACCUUUUUUUUCCUUUUUUGAAUUAUUAUUUUCACUGUUUCUUACCCAAUCAAAAGCAUAAGAAUUAGAGAGAGAGGACAUUGAGGUUUCCGUAUAUAUAUACACACACACACACACAUAUAUGCGAACCUCAAAGCCCCUGUGGAUAUGUUCCAUAAAGAAGAGAGUUUUCAGUAGCUAUUUCCCUUUGUGUAUUUAUUAGUAUCUUUGAACUGCCGGAAUACCUCUGCACAUAUAUUGAGGUAAAGCUGCCGGAAUGGAGACAUCCCAGCCUCUUUCUAUUGAUAGCUUUUCAUAUAGUUGGCUAGUGAAUAUAAAGCCAUCUCUAGAUAGCUCAGGCAACAACUCCUUUAGGACCUCUCUCGACGCUUCCGAUGAAGCGUCCUCCUUCAUCGAGAUGGACCCGAGAAUGCCACCGUCCAAGAGAUUUUUUAGGAAUUCUCAAGAUUUCAAAUUUGACUUCCCUGUCUCACCGCCUUCUCUCACUUUUGUACAUGCCGACCAGCUGAUUUCCAAUGGUUGCCUUGUGCCUUUUUUCAUUGACCCAGUGAAAGUUCAGAAAUAUGAGGAUGAAGAUUUCAGUUCAAAUUUUCCAAAAUCUUCCCAUACAGAAAACAACACCCAUCAAGCCAAUACUUCUGACUGUUCGUCGAUGAGAAAGUGUCGGAAACUAUCGAAAAAAGUAUUGCAGAAGUAUUUUAGUUUUUUCAAGCCGUUGUACCAAAGAAUCCGAGGCCAUGGAGCAUCAAGCUCCAAACCGGAACAUGUUAGUAGAAGAUCCAAAUCUAUGAAGAAUUGGGAAUAUUCAUACGAUGCGUCGCCACGAAUAAGUGUAGCUUACUCUGCCGAUGAUUGGCGAAGAUCCUGUGAUUCUGAGAGCUCAAUCUACGAGGCAGUCCUCCAUUGCAAGAAAUCUAUAGGAGGACGAGAUUGAGUAAUUUCAGACGAAAAAUCUGGAGGAAGGUGAAAGCAGAGAAGAUGAUAAAACAAAAGAGCAAUUCAAAAUAGAGAAGCAUAGAAGAGAAAAAUGAGACAUGAAAUGAUAACAUCCACUAAGCUUUUUGUCCCUUUCGUCUACUUUUUUUCUUGGAUUCAAAUGUACCAUACCAUUUUGUCUGUGAUGGAAAUUUCAGACCUCACAGAGGAACAGGAAAGGUGACCAUAAAUUUUGUUUGUCCUCGACUGUUAUGUAACAAAAAUCCUUUAACAAGGGAACGCUUGUUUCGGUAUGACCGUGACCGAGCGAGCAGGUUCCUCGAGGUAAAUACUCAAAUGCCAAUGCCAAAUGAAAUUGAUGAAGAUGGAUACCAUUUUUGUU